AUGGAUGGGCUCGAAGAGUUCGAAAAGUCUCUAGCGGCAGAAAAGGCCGAGAGGGAGAGGGCAGAACGAGACGGCGACGAGCGGCGAAAACAUCACAAGCACCGUCAUGGCCACCGACAUGACGACAGUCGAUCCCACCACCACCACCACAGACACGAACACAGACACGAACACAAAGGCAGAGAUGAAGAAAGGAAUCGUAAGCACAGAGUUGACGAGGACAGUGGUCACCGGCACAAACGAAGCCGUCAUUCGCGCGACGACACCGAAGGCGACCGCCAUCAACAGUCGGGACGCUCCCGAACCGACUACGACGCUCGAUCCAAGCCUGAGGAGAAUGCGGGCCGAGACGAUCGAAGCGAAGCGCCUCAGCAUCUCGAACGCGACGCCUGGAUGACGGCGCCCUCAGCACUCGAGGUCGAACACGUCCACCGACCCGCUCGCGACACAACACCCCCGCCCAAGGAAGCGCCCAAGCGGAUGAUCCACUCACGCGAGCUCAAUUCCGGCCAUCUGCAGGCGCUCAACGAUGGCCAAUCCCUUCCUGACGCCGUGCUCGAUGCUGAUGCCGACGCCGUGCCGGCCGAGCGCAGCGUCGACUACCUCUUCGGCGACGAGGGCUCCUCUUGGCGCAUGACGAAGCUCAAGGCCGUCUACACCGCGGCCGAAGAGUCGGGGAGGUCGGUCGAUGCCGUCGCUCUCGAGCGGUUCGGAAGCCUCCAAGACUUUGACGACGCUCGCGAGGAGAAGAAUGAGCUGGAGAGGAGGAAGCUGUACGGCCAUGGCUACAGGGAACGAGAGAAGCCUACGGGCGACCUCUACCGCGAACGGCGGCGAACCAAGGAACCGACCCCCGAGCCGGAGCAGGGAACCGUCCUGCCGGCGGCGAGAGCCCCCAUGGACCCGACCGCCCUCAACAGGCUCCGCGCCCAGAUGAUGAAGGCGAAGCUCCGGAAAGCGCCCAACGCAGCCCAGCUGGAGCAGGAGUACAACGAGGCGGCCGCCGCCGCUGCGGCGCACCCGACGCCCCAGGCCGUCGUCCUCGGCGUCAUGGACAACCGCCAGCUCGCGGGCACCCGUGCGGAGGUCAAGGCGGUGACGACGCAGCGCGGCCGCGGUCGGGGCGCGGUCGAGGAGAACGCAGACAUGUCGAUCGACGACAUGGUGCGCGAGGAGCGCCGGACCAAGGGCCAGGCCGGCGGCGAGGGCAUGCGUCUCGCCGAACGCAUCGCCAAGGACGCCAAGUACGACGAUAACCUCGAGUACAUGGACGAAAACGCCGAGAAGCUCGCUCGACGCGUCCAUAAGAGCGAGGCUAACCUCAAGAACAUGGCCGUCAACGAGUUCCAGCGGCUCAACCGCGUCCUCGACAGCUGCCCGCUGUGCCACCACGAGGACACGGGACGGCCUCCGCUGGCGCCCGUCGUCUCCCUCGGCACCCGCGUCUUCCUCACGCUCGCAACCGAGCCGGAGCUCGGCGAGGGCGGCGCCGUCAUCGUACCGCUCGCCCACAGGCGCAACCUCCUCGAGUGCGACGACGACGAGUGGGAGGAGGUGCGGAACUUCAUGAAGUGCCUCACCCGCAUGUAUCACGAGCAGGGUCGCGAUGUCCUCUUCUACGAAAAUGCCGCGGCGCCGCGCCGUCACCUCCACGCCGCCAUGGUCGCCGUCCCGAUCCCGUACGAGGAGGGCGCCACCGCGCCGGCCUUCUUCCGCGAAGCCUUUCUCUCAUCCGACGAAGAGUGGUCGCAGCACAAAAAGGUCAUCGACACGGCCGCCCGCGCCCGCGACGGCCUCGGUCGCAUGGCCUUCCGCCGCAGCAUCGCCAAGGAGAUGCCCUACUUUCACGUCUGGUUCUCCCUCGACGGCGGGCUCGGUCACGUCGUCGAGAACGCCGAUCGGUGGCCCCGCGGCGACCUGUUCGCCCGCGAGGUCGUCGCCUCCAUCGUCGGUGCCGAGCCGCAUCUCGCCAAGAAACAGGGCCGCUGGUCACGGGCCGACCCCCGGCUGGAGCCUUGGAAGAAGUCAUGGCGCAAGUUUGACUGGACCCGCGCCCUGACGUCCGAGUGA